AUGAGUGAAGUGGAAGUUUUCAAGGCGCAUUUCUGGCAGCAACCACCAGAAGCUUAUCAGGGAAAAAUCCCAUUCAUUGUUUCAGAUCUGAUUGCAGUUCUUAAACAGCUUGGUGCCGAGCGCGUUGAAGGUGUUUUCCGUCUAAAUGGUUCCGAUAGGCAAAUUAAAGAGCUUAUUGAAGUAAUUGAUAACGGAAGAAUACAGGAUUGGACACCAUAUUCCAAUGUACAUACUAUUGCAACUACUUUAAAGAGGUAUUUCCGUGCAAUGGCAACAAUUGAUCCAAUCAUUCCGUUUCGCCUUUAUAACAGCAUAAUUGAGAUUGCACGUAUUCAACAAACACCAAAAGUUAUUUCCGAACUUAAAAACUUACUUAAGAAAUUAGAUCCAGGAAGAUAUCACACACUCUGCUUCUUAAUUAAAUACCUUAAUGAAGUUUCAAAGCACGAUGAUGAGAAUCAAAUGCCCGCAAAGAAUAUCGCUGUUUGCUUUGGUCCAAACUUGAUUUCAAGUGAUCGUCCAGAUUCACCGGAUGCAUUAAACCAGUCAGUACUUGUUGUUCACGUACUUGAAGACAUGAUCAUCCACUUCGAGGAAAUCUUCGAAGGCAUCGAAAAUAUUGAUCGAUACAAUUGCGAUCCAGAAGACAUACUCGCAUUGAUGGUUCCACCAUUGAAAUGGAGCCAUGUUGUUAAUCUCAUGUCCCGAAAUAAAGAGCGCAUGAAAUUCAAGUGCAUUCAAUAUGUACCGCAAGCAAACAUGCAAAUGAGCAUUGUCAAUCGUCCGAAACGUCCACCACCACCAAUACUUUCCGAACAGCAUGAUAAUGUUUACUCGAGCCGCAGCGGAUACGCUGAAUUUUACGGAGAUGCCGUUGGUGCCCAAGAUCUCAAGUUUUUCAUCGACUGCCUCAAGAAAUCAGGCAACUCAUCUAUAAUCAACAUGCUCAAGAACAUUGCAGUUUCACAAACAGAAUUCAAGAUCGCCAAACCUCCUGAGAAACCAAAGAAACAAGAAGCAACAAGUCUUGCAGCAGUUCCUAGGAGAUCUCAAACAGUCAAGAUAUCUUCACAGGCUACGGAUGAUGAUAUUGUUAAGCCGAAGUUAACUGAUGAUGAAGUUUAUGUUCCACCACCAGAACAGAAUGUUUAUAGGAAGGCAACAUUAGCGGGAAGAAGAAGACCAACAGUGAGGAUUCUUCAAGAUUAA